CUGCCAGAGAGGACGUGACGAGGUGAUGGAGGCUUUGCUGGAGAGAAUGCAAAGACAAGGGCAUGGCAGAGGGUUCCUGACGUCCUGCGAGGCAGAGCUGCAGGAGCUGAUGAAGCAGAUUGAUAUCAUGGUGUCUCACAAGAGAUCUGAAUGGGAAGGGCAGACUCAGGCUCUGGAGACCUGCUUGGAGAGCAGAGAGCGGGAGCUUUCCUCUGUCACGGCCCAGCUGGAUGAGAAGCACAAGGAGGUCGGUCGGCUGCGCCAGCAGCUACAGCACAUGGAGCAAGUGCAGCAAGGCAUGGCUGUAGAGUAUGAACAGCAGCUGAAGAAGUUUCAAGAAGAGCUAGGCAAGCUGAAAAGAAGCUAUGAGAAGCUGCAGAAGAAGCAGCUGAAAGAAGCUAGAGAGGGUGCCAAGAGCCACGGUGACGACCGCUCGGAAGUGAGCAGACUGACGAAGAAGAUAGAGGAGUUCCGCCAGAAAUCUCUCGACUGGGAGAAGCAGCGCCUGCUUUACCAGCAGCAGGUGGCCUCGCUGGAGGCGCAGAGGAAGGCUUUGGCCGAGCAGUCCGAGCUCACUCAGACUCAGCUCGCCAGUCGGAAGCAGGUGCUGGAAUCCAUGCAACUGGCCAGCCAAUCGGAAAUCCAGCAUUUAACCAGCAAGCUGGAGCGAGCCAAUGAUACCAUCUGUGCCAGUGAGCUGGAGGCGGAGAGGCUGAACAUGAGAGUGGAUGACUUGGCUGGAGCCAAUCGGAAGAUUCUGGAGGAUUUCCAAAGAGUCCAAGAGGAGCUGGGGCACUGUAAGAAAACGUUGCAGGUCAGUGACAGACCCUCUAGGUCGCUGGAAGAACACCUGCGGGGGAAGCGGCUGUCUAAGGAGUUCCCGGGGCUGGAGCACGCACUCCUGCAGCAGAAUGAAAAGGAUCUGCAGUCCGAGGUGGCUCGUCUUGAGGGCAGCCUGGGAGCCGUAAAUGCCAGGUACCUACAGCUGAGCGAAGAGCUGAUGGAGAAGUGCAGAGAACUGCAGGUGAUGGAAGAACACCAAUGCCAGGCCCAGGCGGAGAUGAAAAAGGUAAGAACUGCAGGUGAUGGAAGAACGCCAGUGCCAGGCCCAGGCGGAGAUGAAAAAGCUAUGGCCUUCCAUAGUGGCCCCAUCCUGCUGGGACGGCCGGACACCAUGCCGCUGGGGUUAGGCGGGACAGACUGCACUUUCCUGGGCACCUACAGCCCUCGUUCCCAGCAAGGGAUGAAGGAUUGUGGAUGCUUGGUGCACCGCGGCGAGCUGGAAGGGAUGAGGAGGGAGGUCUCCCAGCUGACGGAGGCGCUGCACCAGCGUGACAUAGCCCUCGCCUCGGCCUGCGGGCCCACCUCGGAUGUGGAGCGGCGCCAGAGGGCGGAGACGGAACGAGCGGAGAGGAACGCUGCGGAGCACGGGGCAAAAGAAGCCGCUCUCACAGACCUCCAGGAAAGCUACAGCAUGGCCCUAAGUAAAUUGGAUUUGGAGAACCAGCAACUGCAGAAGGACCUGGCUGAGACUAGAGCGAAGUUAGAGCUCUCCACUCAGGUCUGCUGGGACAAGUAUGAGAGCAUCCUGCAGCAAAUGCAAAACAAAGUGGCUGAGAUCCAGGAGACAGAAAGCAGGAGAACCCAGGAGCUGCAGCACAAACACGAGGAAGAGAGACGGAAACUGGCGGCCCGUUUGAAUUGCCAAGCCUUUCAGACUAGUGCAGACCGACCCCUCUGCCCUUGUGUGAGACCUGCAAACAGCCAAACUGUCCUGACUCCGGGUGCUUUCUGUCCCGCCUCCAGGAGAACCCAGGAGCUGCAGCACAAACACGAGGAAGAGAGACGGAAACUGCAGGCCAAGCUGGAAAUGACCAUUCAGCGCUACGAAGAGGAGAUCGAGACUCUGAAAGCCCAGCAUGUCUCUCCAGGGACGGGCCCUGUCCUUGGGGCAGCCGGAGGACAGAGCCCCCGCAUCAGCAGGAGCAGCUCCAAGGAAUCCCUGUCCUCUGACUUGCUGCUGGGCGCAGACCAUUUGUCCCUGGGGCCAGGUGGAAGGAAAGGUUUCUGUGACGAUGAGUCCUGGGAAUCGGUCGCCAGUCGCCAGCGAGAACUUGCGCCCUUGUGCCCCCUGCCGACAGCUCCAAUUGGCUCAAUAGCCGCCAGGUUUCUGGAGGAGGAGGAGGUGAGAUCUCAGCAUAUCCUGGACCGCUUGGAUGCUCACAUCGAGGAACUGAAAAAGGAGAGCGAAAGGACAGUGAGGCAGUUCUCACACCAGAAGUAGCAGCUCUUCAAGGUCUGUGGAUUUGAAGACUGGUUUAAUGAAACCACAUCAGCUGUGCGGGGGAAGGAACUUAGUCUGACCGAGCUCAGCGCUUGAGGGAAGAGACGUGCCCUCAUUCCCCAAGAUGAAUUUGAAGUGUGAAAACCCAGGAUAUCCCGAAUGGCUCCGGAACAGGAGUGAUUGUGCGGGUGAAAGUACAUCUCCAUCUGAUACUCUGUAUCCAACAUGCUGCAGUCCAGGAGAGGGAGGGUGUGUGCGUGUGUGUGCGCGUGUGUGCGCGUGUUCGUGCGUGUGUGUGUGCGUGUGUUCGUGUGCGUGUUCGUGUGUGUGUGUGUGUGUGUGCGUGUGUUUGUGUUCACUGCCACGGAGAUUGUGAUGUCUCCUCAGAGCAAAUUCCCAUGUAAAUUAUUUAAAGUUAUUUUUAUAUCUGUAAAAAAAAAUAAAAUAAAAGCAAAACAAGAAAAACCCCUUCUUGCUCCCCUACUCCCGCUCCCCCCAAGGCACAAAGUAAAUCUCUUUCAGCCAGUGAGUUUUCAUUUAUAUCCCUCUCCAGGGAAUGAAUCUGACCAUCUGCUUCCAAGAGUUGUUACGCUCUUGAAAACAAAACAAACAUACACGGUAUGCAGCAGGCCUAAGUGGGGGAGGAAAUAUUUUCCACACGAAGCUCUCCUCUCCUAGUGUACUGUUGGUAAAUAUUUCCUGGAGCUUCCUGCAACUCCUACACCCAGCUGCCUGCAUGCUGUGCUGUUCAUUUCCACCCGAUCCAUCUUGCUCUUGUGUUGCUUUCACAGAUUCCGAGGCAGCAAAUAGCCAAGCAGAAAACAGAGAGGUGGCAGAAUUCUCCCUCGGGAUGUAAAAGAGGAGCAGUUGGAGCAGGUGAGGUCGAGCGUAAGGGAUAAGCACACAGGAAGGAAAGCCGCGGUCAGUGCAGUAGCUGUAUCAGAGGGCCGAGCAGCUGGUGGUGCUAGGAGGCAGGCGAAAGUGCCAGGAAGCUUUUGAGACUUUUGUGUUUUGUGCCGACAAGAGGGGUUUGCCUUGUGACACGUGUCCUUGUCUGGGUUCCGGGAGCAUUCAGGGAGUGUCACAUCUAAGGGAACAGAUUGGAGACUCAGCCUUACUCUUUGGUUGAUAAAGAAUGAAUCCUAAUCCAACUUCCCCCGCUCUUUUCUGUUUUCUGCACUAGGCCUCCCUUAUAAAACGCACUGGAUUGGCUAGCCCAGUUGUGACAAGGGGGUAAGCGAAUGCCGUCACGCCGCUCACUAAGAGUCCUCCCUAUGAAUAGGCCAGUGAGCCAAAGUUACUGUAACAAAUUGUCGGCUGACGAAUCAGAAUGGAUUUUAUGCCCCCUGAGAGAGAUUAGGCGAGAGAUUCAAAGAAUCCCAUUUACCGUUGAAAGGCAGUGGGAGUUGGACACCUAACUCCAUAGGUCCCAGCCAUGGGCUUUCCUCUUGCUCCUUUGCUGUGCUUCCUUUUGCUGCUGUUCAGACGUCACCCUCCCAUUCCAUGCCCCCUUCCCUCCUCCCAUGACUCGAGCUCAUCCUCCCCUUCUUGGCAUGGCCGCUGAUCAGAUGUACACUGUGCGGCAUUGGCAUCUCCAACUGCACCUUUGCCAUUCCCUGUAUCUGUCACUAUUCGUUUUUCACAACUUUUCAUCCCUUUCACACCAUUCCGGAGCAACCUGAAAUGGCAGCCAGCGACAGCCAGCUCACUGCGACAACCAGCUGUUUGAUCCAGACCGUCC